AACGCCUCGAGCCUCCCACCCCUUUCACCUUUCCUCUCCCAAAACACGCAACCUCCCCUUUCUUUUCUUUCCCAAUUCUUGGCCAUCGGGAGGAGGCAGCAGAGCAGCUGCCAGCGGCUAGGAAGAUGGGGCGAAGGAGGAGGAGAAGGAGAGAGGCGGGGCGUGAGCCUAUUUUGAUGAAGGAGAAGGAGAAGGUGGGGUGGAGGAGAAGGAGGCGGGGACGCGGCUGCGAGCGCGCCACCGGCCGUGUUCCUCGAGGAAGGAUUGGGUGGGAGGAGAAGGCGGCGGCGGCAGUUUCGAUUUUUCAUGUGCCACCGGCGCCACCACAAGGACGGAUGACAGGAUAUGAGGGGAGGCGCAGCAGAGGAGGCUCGUGCAGUGCGUGGGGUGAUGGGAGCGGGAAGAAAAUAAAGAGUGGCGGCGGCAGCCGAUCUCUCAGUAUCAUGGGGCCAGCCCUCCCGUCUGCGCUGCAACACCACCGGUAUGGAGGCCCGGGCUCGGGAGCCACCACGGCGUCGGGUGCGCCGGUGGGGGCUAUGUGGACUGCACGGCGUCCGGCCUUCAGUUCUAGCGGCGCCAAUCCGUACAUCUGACCUGUUGUCUCCACUUUGUUUCCUCAAUGUUUUGAUCUACACCUCUACACCACAACCUCUGUCUCUCACGUAAGCUCGAGCUCAAGGCGGUAAAAUCCCUCUCAGGUGGCAGAGGCUAACAGCCUUGACAUCUUUGGAGAUUCUGUGUGUGCAGUUGUAGUUGUGCACACCAAUUGUUUGAUGAAUUGCUAGAAGAAAUUCUAUGUCUUUUUGUUGUAUUUUUGAAGUAGGUAAAAUGUGAUUUAGCCGUGCUUUUGAAAAUCGCUCAUGAAAUGCACUGGAUGUUAAUUUUGCUUAGGAUGUGCUGCUGCUCCUCUAUGUGUCUGUUUAGUCUUCCUCAUUGCUUCGUCCAUGCUCGGUUUUAUAAUAAGUACACUGUGGUAUGGUGAGUCCCUCUCAGUACUGGAUGGCUUACUUCCCUUAUUUGGACUGUUGAUUUCUUUUCGAAGAAUAGGCCCUUGUUACAGUUCAAACCUUGAUGAACCGGAUACAUAUGAUAUAUGCUGCAGCAACUAUGUGUUCAGACUUCAAAUAUGUCAGCAAGGUAAAUCCUCAAUGCUUUGUCACUUUGACUCUGUAUUUAUUCUAUGGUCACUUGGGAUUUAUGCAUCUGGCCUUCUCAUUUUUGUCUAUGAUAGUCAGAGUAUGGUUUUGAUAGAUCUUUCCUAUGUAAACAACUGUACCUAUGUAAACCAUUGCGGUGCGAGCGCCCUGAUGCAGGUUCAAGCAGCUUGAAGAGGGCGCUCGUUGCGGCUCUGACCCUGGCGCCAACGCCAUGGACAAGGUGCCCUCUCCAUCACUUCUCUCUAUUUUCGGUUUGGAGUUGGCGCUCUGUACGUGAAGCUCCCUCUCUUCUCUGCUGCAGGAGAACAUCUCUCUCUCUCUGUUCGUGAAUCACUUCUCUUGUCUGGUUUUCUUCAUCCCCCUAUGUGAUAUCCAAUCACUAGUAGAAAAACGGCCUAAUGUGAAGCACAUUAGUGCCGGUUUUGUUAGAAACCGGCACUAAUGUGCCCAUUAGUGCCGGUUCGAACGGCUAGGCGGCCGGAGCUAAUUAGUACUGGUUCAUUGCGAUCUUUAGUACCGGUUCGUGGCACGAACCGGUACUAAAGAGGAUGUGGCACGCCGUGGUCCGGCUGGGGCCCCACCAGCGCCUUUAGUACCGGUUCGUACCACAAACCGGUACUAGAGAUUUGCAGUUGCAGCUGUUUUUUAGUCCCACCUCGCUUGGCUAACAGGGUUUUUACCACCUUAAAUAUGUUACUUCUCAAACU